UCCCCGCAGUGGGAAGGAGGCAGCGUGGCGGGGGAAGGCCCCGAGCGGCCGUCCGGGGGCGAGAUCCGGGUUGGGCCCGGGCACCAGGCACGGCUGCCCGAACUGCGGCCCGCCCACGAGCCCCCCGGCAUGCCCCGCGAGGAGCUGCGCUGGACGCCCGGGGUUCCCGACUGCGACCUCAUGAUGUACCUCAGGGCCGCCAGGAGCAUGGCGGCAUUUGCGGGCAUGUGUGACGGGGGCUCGGCGGAGGACGGGUGUUUGGCGGCCUCACGGGAUGACACGACCAUCAACGCACUGGACCUGCUGCACGACAGCCAGUAUGACACGGGCCGUGCCCUGCAGGCUCUGGUCAAGAACCCCGUACCCCGAGGCCUCGAUAAAAAGUGGACCGACGAGGACCAGAAACGCUUUGUCAAGGGCCUGAGGCAAUAUGGCAAAAACUUCUUCAAGAUACGCAAGGAGCUCCUCUCACAUAAGGAGACGGCUGACUUGGUGGAGUUCUACUACCUGUGGAAGAAGACCCCAGGCGCGGCGACUUCCCGGCCUCACCGGAGACACCGCAGGCAGAACGUGCUUCGGCGAAGCAGACCAUCAUCCCGACUGACCAAAGUGGCGCAAAAUGAAUUCGCGGAUGCGAGUUCAGCAAGCGAAGAAGAGGAGUCUGCUGAUGAUUCUGAUUCCCGGGAAGUGCCGGCCUACAUGUGCCACAGCUGCCUUGCUACCAAUUCAAAGGAGUGGUUCCAAACGGGCAAGGAGAGUUUGGUGCUCUGCUGGGACUGCUGCCAACAGAAGAAGGGCACCGAGGCGGUGAGACCCCUUGCGUCCAACGACGGGGACGGCGCCCCGCCAUUCCUCUUCAAGCCCGUCGACGGGGAUGCACUCAACGGCAAGCACGUCAUGCGUACCCGCCGGAACAAGGAGGAAGACGGCGAUUUCCACUUCAGAAAGACGGGGCGGGGGUGGCUUACUAAAAACCAGAACCAUACGAAAGGCCGGAGUAAACACGGCGGCAACAACAACGGAGGUGAUGCAGCAAGCCCAGAAAAUAUGGAUGGAGCACUCACUGCCAACAACCGUGCCACGCUCGGGGGCCGCAAGUCGCCCGCAACCAGCACGGCUGACAAGGAUAAGAAAAAGAAGACGAAUCCCGACACUCCUACGAAAGGCAAGAAGCGAGGACGCGACGACACUGCCCCCGCAUCCAAUGCGCUCCCGACGACGCCGACGACUCCCAACGCCUCUCCGACGGAGGAGUUGGCAGAAGCGGUGACGGCGGCGGCCGCCACCACCGCCAUCAUCGUGACUGCGCCGUCGCCGGUCAACGAGGAAGACGACAAGGCAGCAGCGAGCUCGGCAGCCAAGAAGAAGAAGGGCGAGGCAGCCGAGAGCCCCGUCGACUCGCCAGGGGGAGCCGAGGGCCUGUCGAGCCGGAGCAGCAGUGUCGGUGGUGGUGCUGCCUCCAACGAAGAGAAUGCCCCGGAAGAACCUGAAGCGACGUCGCUCAGCCCUCCCAGCGUGUCACCGUCUCCGACUGUGGCCCCCACCUCGGCGGCAGUGCCGUCAGCGACAAAUGUGGCUGAAGAACCAUCGCAGGCUGCGUCGAUGCCACCACAACUACCGUCACCAGUGGAAGAGGAGCGGCCAAGCUCUCGGCAGCCUGAACCUAGCCCUGUAGCAAACGAUGGGCCACCAAAGGAAGCACGGUGUAGCCCAGCAGUUGCGGAAGACGUGCCCGUGGCUCUUCCCAUUUCACGACCACCGUGUCCUUCACCCGUUUCCCUGGUGGUGCCAAGCAUGCCGAGCCAAGUGCCGCAUCUGGAGCGCUCUCCACAGCUGCUCCUACCACGCAUGUCGCCACCCGUGCCACCGCCGGCACAUCAGCUGCUUGGCCGAGGGGUGUCGACGCCUCCGACGCGAAAUCUGACUCCAUCGCCCAAGUUGAUGAUGUCCGAGGACAAGUUUGACCAACUGCUUCCUCAGGCACCGCCCACCCUCUCUCUGCCAGACCCGAGAGAGAAGUCGCCAGCGGCGCCAGCCGACGCCAUGCCGCUGUCCCUGAUCAAGAUGGAAGUGGAAGACUCCAAGCCCCUUCGACUGGUGUCGUCCCCGUCGUCGCGUGGCCGGCCGACUCCUCCACUGCCACUGCCGGGAGGCAUCAACCCAUCUCUGGCAGCUCUGUCGGCCAUGCCACCGCCGCCUGUGGAGCCCCUGCUCCCAUCGGGCAUGAUGCCCCCCACGGUCAAGAGCCACCUGGUGCGCAUCAAAGAAGAAAUGAGCGGACCACCCACGCUCCUCAUGGAAGGACCACCCAGGGGGUUGCCCCCUGGCAGCGGCAAUCGCGUCUCUCCACUUCCACCGGAGGCUACUCAGUCGUUGGCUGCCACCGGUCCACCGCUGGGGAUGCCCAGAGGCUUGUCUCCUCUGGCGUCCCUUCCCCCCUCGUCCUCCUCGUGCUUGCCAGCAUCUUCUCUGGCGGCCGCUGGUGCCUCGGCUCCCCCUCGGUCCUCGCCGUCUUCCGUGGUGUCCGGAGCCCCCGUGGAAUACCCUGGCCCACCCCCGCACCAUGUCAAAACCGAGCCCCCUCCCUCUCCUCCGAAAGAGCGUCUGAGCGCCCCCUCCCCUCCUCACCACAUGCCCUCCUUUUCUCAUUCCUCCUCGCCGGCGCACGUCAAGCCAGUGCCCUGCUCUCUUUCCAUGCCAACACCCCCAACGUCCACCCCCACCUCCUCGGCUCCUAGCCACCACUACCCCUUCUCGCCUCCUCUCUUUGCCACCUCCUCGGUGGCAGUGUCCACGGCCGCCUCCCCUAUGGGUGGUGGCUACCCGAGUCCACUGGUGACUGCGGGUCGGCAGCCGCUGGGAGGCGCGCCUCCACCCGGUGCACCUCCACAGAUGCAUCCGGGGUUUCCGUACCCGGCCUACUUCAGCCCCCAGCUCUACUCCCCGCACCUGCACUUUCCUCAGACGCAUCCGCAGUUUGCCCCUCCGCCCCCCGCACCCCCACCGCCGGCUCACCAGGCGACGGCGCCGCAGCACCACUCCAAAACGCCCCCCUCGCGCGCCCCCGUGUCCAUGCCCCUCCCCCCUCAGCUUCCGCUGGACGGCGGAGGCGGGGGAAGCGGGCACCGGGUGGCCCCACCUUCCCACCACGGGGGCUCCGGCGGCCACCACAGUGGUGGGCUGUCAUCGCAUCACGCCGGCGGCAGCUCCCACCAUGGUGGCCCCCCUGUCCACCACAUUGUGCCCGAAGAGGAGGAGGAAGAGCCCGAGGCCCAGCAGCUGGUGAGGGGACCCAGCCCCGAGCCCAAGGUUGAAGACAGCGAAUGCCACCGCAGCCAGUCCGCCAUGUGCCGUGACUUCUCCGCGCUCGGAAAGCGCCGGACCGAGCAAAAGUGUGCAGAGUACGUUCUCAGGCCAAUGCGGCGACGGCGAGCUGCUUUCAUUUCUGCAAGCGACACGCAUUUAAUUGAAGCGGUCCUGCACGAGGGCACGGCAGCGAACGGCAUGUUUGGGUUGUCACCUGUUCUUAAAAGCGUGCAGUACACUUACACCAGUGGCAACAGCGCUAAGCCAUACGCACUGCUGAGCAAGCAGUUCAUGAUCAUUGAUAGCCAACAGCAGCAGCGGGAGCGGGAGCUGAAGCUCAGGACACUGGAGGAGGCUGCUCGCGGUGGCCGGCCGCCUAUCAACUGA